ACCAUUACAUAUUAGUCAGCCAACAGUCUCCCGCUGCAUCCACAAAAUGAUUGAUGUUGUAACGAGAAAAAAAAUAAUGAAACAGUGGAUUAAGUUUCCCAGUACGUUAGCAGAAUUGAACACGUUAUCCUAGAAGCACUCGCAAUACAUUUAUAUGGAAUAACUCAAAUGCAAAAAACGUGCUAUGGUUUAUCUUUACAGGCGCUAUCCACACAAAAAUUUCCAUUUAGUGAUUCAAGGUAUUCUCUCAGGCCUUGGAUGAUGACUCCUAUAAUAGGUGCUAUUAAAGGUAGUCCAGAAGCUGAAUAUAAUACGAAACAAAUGAGAUGUCGUGCAUUAAUAGAACAAUGCAAUGGAGUUCUGAAAAUGCGGUUUAGAUGUCUAUUGAAGUAUAGAGUACUCCAUUACUCUCCACCAAUAGCAUCUAAAAUUAUAUAUACAUGUGCUGUUUUACAUAAUAUGUACCCAUUGCCCAAAAUGUGCCACUGAAUCUAAAUGACGAUAAUGAAGAUGUAGAUUUUGGGAUGUAUAAUAACAAAAAUCGUAUUGAAAACGAAAGAAACGUCCGUAUAAUUGAUCCAAAUAUGGCAGCUGGUAGAAAUCAACAGCAACUAAUGAUUGCAAAUUACUUCUCGUAAAUUAUAAGUAUCGUUUAUCAUUUAGUAUAGUUUUUAUCAAUAGUGGAUUUAUAUUAAUUAGAAAUAUAUCAUAUUUUAAGUCAAAAAUUUUUUAUUUAUUCUUACAAUGUAUAUAAAUACAAAUAAAACAUAUAAUAUGAAAGAAUUAUAUAAAAGACUUUUAAAUAUUAUAACGUAUUCUUCAUGGCAUGUAACAUUCCCACUUUUAAACAUUUAUUAAAAUGUAAAAUAAAAUUAAUUCUUAUAAUAA